CACGAAGCAGCUGGAUAUGGUCAUUUGGAUAUAUUGAAGUUCUUCAUUGAACAUGGUUUAAACAUCAAUGAUACCGAUAGUUUGGGAUUCACUCCACUAUAUUCAGCUUGUGAACAUGGUCAUUUGGAGACAGUUAAAUUCCUUCUUGAACGUGGUGCAGAUUGUAAUAUUAAAAGCAGCGAUGGUCGGACAGCCCUGCACACAGCAGCUGCACGUGGUCAUUUGGACACAGUGAAGUUCCUGAUUGAACAUGGUUCAGAUUUCAAUGCCACCGACAGUUUGGGAUUCACUCCACUAUAUUCAGCUUGUGAGCAUGGUCGUUUGGAGAUAGUCGUAUUUCUUCUUGAACUUGGUUAGACUAAUGUUAAAAAUAUGAACG